UCUGUUCUUUUCAGGACGAGUCAUUUCCUUUUAAGCAUUAAUAUACGGCUUUGCGCAUUUCCUACGAUUGUAGCAAACGCAGCUUCAUUAUUUUAACAAGUUUAUUCAUUAAACACGAGAUAAUAGUCCAAUUCCAUCAGCCACAAUAACCACACCAAAACCUCGCCACCAUCCCCAGAUCCUCACCAUGGCUCCAACUCCCAUAGACAAAGCUCUCAACUCAAGAAACACCUUCGCUGCCUUCGCCGGAAUCGUCACAGCAGCAGCCGUAUGGUCCAUAUGGGGCAGUGACAUGUUCCCAGCCCAGCCAGAUCCCACCGGAAACCCCGACGACUGGACAGAACAAGAAAUCCGGCAGUGGUUAAAAUAUCGAAACCUCCAGCCCUCCAUGACCGCCACCCGCGCCGAGCUCCUCGAGCGCGUAAAGGCCAAUCUCCGGGUGCCACGCGCAUAAUUCGGAGAAGGAGAUACCACGGAGCACAUUUCCGUUGUAAUAAGCCUACUUGGCAAUAUAAUACCCUCCUUCGCGCAUCACUCCUC